AUGGAACCAGUACUUCUACCGGCAGUAGAGACGUUACUCAACCACACCGUGGAGGUUAUCACUAUACCAUUGUUCGCUGACCAGUUACGUAACGCUCGGAUGAUGCAAUACCGCGGAAUGGGCGUCGUAAUCGAUAAAGAUGACGUCACGACUAAUCGGUUGAUUUCAGCCAUAGACGAGAUUCUGCAACCACGAUAUUCGAAGGCUGCUCGACGCCUCAGUGAACAACUGCAAAACAAGCCUUUCACCCCCGAAGAUGUUCUCGUUCGUCACGUCGAAUAUGCCGUACGUUUCAAUAUCACAUCCAGUCUCAAUAACGUCUCAACACAACAGUCUAUCAUUCAGUACUACAUGCUUGACGUCAUUGUCCCAUUCCUAGUAAUAACUUCUAUGAUUGUACUAGUUCUAUGUAGAAUUACUUUCGUUAUGAUUUGUUUCGCUAUGCGAUUAUUGCUGACCCCGUUCAGAAAUAUGAAAGCUAAACAGCACUAG